GAGCUCUCUCCCCCAGGCCCAAGUUGGUCUUCCCCAGAACCAGGCGGGUCUACACCAGGCUCAGACGCACAAGCGUCUUGAGUUCCUCCGAAUGAUUUGCCAGUGCAGCUUGCAACCAUCCCGUAAAGGUUGGAAAGGCGCAUCCCGGCGCAGGCACCACCGCCGCCGCGGCGGCAGCCGCCGGCGGCAGGACCGAGGAGGCCGCCGGCGCCGCCGGAACCACCGCG